AUGAGGUCUUCCAAGGCUUCCAAGUGGGCUCAGACUAGACUCUCGGACCGAAAGAAAGAAUUGGAUGAGAAAUGGGUACCAAAGAAGGGUCUCUCCUUGGCCAGCAAAGAAAACUGCCGAUUCUUGAGUUUCGACAAAUACGCGGCCAAGCCUUUUCGGUUUUCGUGUCGUACCUGUGCUGGCUGUCCUGAAUUUUUGGACGAAGCAGAGAUAGAAGCGCUCCCAACAGAGCAAAGAGGCGAAGAAACGAAAGCCAACCAGUGCGCCUGCGACGCGCCCUCGCUCGAGGUUGCUCAUGUUGUGGCAAGGCAGGAUACCGCCAGCAAAAUGCUGAGAGCCCGGGGCUUACUCGAUUUCGAUUUUGACCUGAAGUCAAAGGACAAUGCCAUGGGCCAUCGAACGAGCAACCUAUUGGAGGCAGCUUUACGUCUCGUACUCGAGAGAAAGAUACGGGGAAUAAUGUGGCUUUUAUCGAAAAUAUCUCCACGAGAAGUGUUAGUUAAAUCUCCAGACUCAGAGAGUGCUAUCUUGUGGGCAACACAAGUCCACCGCACAAUGCUUGCAGGUGGCAGACAUACAAGCUGUGGCGGCACAGGAGCUGGAGUUGGCGAGUGA